GAGUCGCCUAACGUUAUGGAGUAGUGUGUGUGCUGGUGAUGAUGAAUUAUAUGUACAAAAUAAGCUUAAUCGUUUUACAGACACUUGUUGAGUAAGCCAAAUCGCGACUACGGGAGACGAUGGUGGCUUUUAACCAAACACAGUCUUACUGAUGUCAACAGGUUGCCGUGUAGAGGGUUGUCAAGCCGCUUAGAUAGCUGGUCAAGCCGCUUGGAUAGCUGGUCAAGCCGGUUGGAUAGCUGGUCCAGCCGCUUGGGUAGAUCGACAACACGAUGAACUCAUACCACAUCCUUGAGCUUGUUGGAGAGGGCUCCUUCGGCCGUGUUUACAAGGGCAGGAAACGGUUCACGGGACAGGUGGUGGCCUUGAAGUUUAUCCCAAAGGUGGGUCGGUCUGAGAAGGAGCUGCGGAGUCUCAAGAGGGAGAUCGAUAUCAUGAGGGGACUCCAACAUCCCAACAUUGUCCAAAUGUUUGACAGCUUUGAGACGGACAAAGAGGUUGUGGUUGUAACUGAGUAUGCAGAAGGGGAGUUAUUUCAGAUUCUAGAGGAUGAUGGCCAGCUUCCAGAGACCCAGGUGCAAGAGAUCGCCUGCCAGCUUGUCUCGGCGCUGUAUUAUUUACACUCCCAUCGAAUUCUCCAUCGAGACAUGAAACCACAAAACAUUCUCUUGGGAAAAUGUGGGGUGGUGAAACUAUGUGAUUUUGGUUUUGCCCGGUCCAUGAGCGUCUCCACCUUGGUGCUGACCUCCAUCAAGGGAACACCGCUGUACAUGUCCCCGGAGCUGGUGGAGGAGAAGCCGUACGACCACACCGCCGACCUCUGGUCCCUGGGGUGCAUCCUCUACGAGCUGCGCACAGGGGUGCCCCCCUUCUACACCAACUCCAUCUUCCAGCUGGUUCAGCUCAUUGUGAGGGACCCCGUGAAAUGGCCCCCGGACGCCAUGAGCGCCACCUGCAUGGGGUUUCUCAAAGGUUUGCUGACCAAAGAUCCCCAGAAGAGACUGUCAUGGCCGGAACUUUUGCACCACCCUUUCGUGGCCCACGGUGUUAUAGUGCUGCCAGGGGACAGUGUCUUCAGCCCCCUGACUGUGGCCCCCAGCCCUGACCUGCUGGCCCUCAAGCACCAGCAACUCAAGGAGAAGUCGGCUGGUUCUGGGAAGAACCGGUUGCUGCGCAAGGUCUUGUCCCAGAGAGACAACAACCAGAACAGAAGAGAGGGGGAAGCGGAGAGAGCAGUAGAAGACCCAGGAUCAAAGAGGACCUCUGCAGGCCGGCCCAACACCCUCAAUGACCCCGCGCCCCCCCAGGAAAAAGAGAAAGUCAAGGACGCAGCCAAGAUGUUCCUCAACCUGAAGAAACAAGCAGGCACGACUUCAAGACACAGGGGUCAGAUCAGCAGGGACUACGAGCAGGAGUUUCCAUCUGUAGAGGUUGGCCCAAGGUUCGUACGGAACCUCAGCAAGGACGGACCAGAUCCUUCCCCUCUACAGGAGGAGCAGACUGAAGUAUAUUGGCGGAGGUUGGCCCUAGAAACUGAACCCGGGGAGCUGGCGUCGCCGGCAAACCACCACGUCAUUAUUCCUCAAGUGAAGAACAAAUUACUGGCUUUUAAAUCCCAGCUCUUGGGUGGGAUUCUGAAAGAGGCAUGGCAGAUUCUCCUUCCGUUGAGAGUCGUCUCCAAGCUGCUUCUGAACUCUGACCCUGAGAACUCUCUUCUUAUUGGCUGUGAACUGGGUCUGCCCCAUCUGCUCUUUGAUUUGACCAGCGUGAUGGUCGAUAAGCUUAGCGUUAUUAAGGAACCCUGGAUUGACGAUGUCCUCAGUCAAGUCCUUGCAGUACUUCUAGCGUACUGGGACAGGCAUGCUGAAUGGACCGAAGUCGAAAACAGUCUGGAAGAGCUUAUGAAGCCUGUUCUCAAGAUACUCAGUGAAACAGCUUCCACUCCUUCGGCAGCCGUGGCUGCAUCAGUUCUCUCUAUGUUCACCCACCAUGGAGUAUGUGUGGAUGUAGACAUCCGCACUCUGAGUGGCGUGCUUCAAAACUCUUCCCUGGACUCCAAGCCACAGGUCUUCCUCCCUCCAGGCUGGGGAAUAUGUGACGGUCUGCUGUCUCUGCUGCUCCACUCAGUCUCUGAGCCCGGGAAAGGCUCUCCUUCCACCUCUCCAGGACAAGAGAUUUGGUGUGAUCUGUGGAGAACCAUUGGUAACGCAUUGGACACACAGAUAAACCCUCACUUCUGCUCUACAAAGGGAUUGCAUUCCUUCCUGUCCGCCAUGCUGUGUGUUUUCACCAAAGACCCCGGCCUGUGUCCUCGUCUCUUCGCCGACAGCCAAUCAGAAUGCAUACACACGUUAGGCCUUGUGCUCCGCCGUUACAUGCCUAGGGGUUCUGAUGGGACUCCCAAUGGGGUCGAGGAAGAGGACCUGGACGACCUGUUGGUGCUGGGCUGCCUGCUGCUCUGCUUCCCCUUCUCCCUGGACCUGUCGCCGACGACCCGGGCCAAGGUCCUGGACCUGUACGGCCGCUGUGGGGUGGUGACGGGUCUCCUGCAGAUGAUCCAGAGCCGCCCCCCCGCCCUGCUGGAGCUCCCCCUCUCUCUGCUGAGUCGUCUGCUCCUGUGCGACCCGGGCCGCUUCGUUCCCCUCCUCACGACGGUCCCCGUGGAGGGGCCCCAGGGGCCGGACUUCUUCUUCUGCCCUGCCGGCGCGGACCCCCGACAGCCAACGCCGACCACCCCCCGGGGAGGCCCCGCCUCCUCCGCACCCAGGACGGCCAGCUCCCUGCUGGGGGCCCUGCUGCAGGGCGAGGGGCCCUUGGACGCGACGGCGGCGGUGGAGCUCCUGGUGCUGCUGGCCCAGGUGGCCCGGCGCCCCCCCCCCGGCCCCCGCCUCCACCUGGACGCCCCCGUGCUGCGCCUGGCCCUCGGUCACCCCCACGAUCAGGUGAGGGCGGCCGCCUGCAGCCUGCUGGGGAGCCUGAACCCAUUCGGCCCCGCGGGGCCCCCGGCCCUGGGGCCCGGCGUGUUCCGGGAGAUGGCAGACGGCCUGCGGGACCCCUGCGGCCCCGUGCGGAGGACGGCGUGCCGCGCUGUCGGGAGCUGGCUGGGCUUCAUCGGGGAGAGUGGAGUGGACGAGGAGCCGGGGAGAACGACAGCGGAAGCCUCGUCUCCGGCCCCGGGGCACAGAGCGGAGCCGCAGGGGGGGGGCGGCGGCGGCUGGGCGGAGGAGUCGUCGAGGGCCGCCUCCCUCCUGCUGUCGCUGGUGACCGACCCGGACGCCCUGACCCGCCGCCACAGCUGCGCGGCGCUGGGGAACCUGGGAGGAGUUCACGGCGCCAGCGGGUCCGGAGCACCCGCGGCGACCGCGGGGGAGGCGGACACGUUGCGGCUGCUUCUGGCGGCGGCGUGCACGGACCCCCACGGCGGGGUGAGGCGCACGGCCAUCGCCGCGCUCAGCGCCUACAGCCAGCGGGAGGCGCAGCGGCAGGUCCUGGUGUCUCUCGAUGCGUAUGGGAAGGUCCUGCAGGCGUCACACACUGCACCGCCACACUGUGACUACAGGCAGCUCAUCCACCACCUCAAGUGACCGCUGCCAUCCUGGGAGACAUCGGCAGCACUUCUGUUCCUCUCAAAUAAAUGUUGUUCAAAAAAUAAAGUUGGUGCUACUUCCUCCGAACAUUAAACAAGACGUUCUGGAGGGGCGACACCAAACCUAGUGUCACGUAUCGCGGCCUUAUGAGACGUGGACCAAACCAAACCGUGUCUUGAUUGGUCGAGUCAAGGGGAGGAGCUAACGAAGACUGUGGCCAAGCACAUGCAUGAGGAACAUGUUAAGGCCAUGCAGGAUAGCCUAGGUUUGGUCAUUUGACUCCCAGGUGAAAAGUUCUGGAUCAGACCCAGAAGUCCGCAGACGUCAUUGGGCCUAUCUGUAACUGAUCCUUAUGUUUUUGCAUUUUUUUGAUUUUUUUUCACUAACUUAAGUCACUUUGGAUACAUACGAUAUCUAUGACAUUGAUGUACAACAUGAUCUCCCACUCACAAGACAUAAGAUUGAUUAACAUGUAUUGCUCCAUGGUUACCAGUUCGACAGGUGCCGCCAGCAAAGCCUUAAAGCAGAUAGUUUGUGUCAGUGUAUCUUUUUGUGUGUGUGUGUAUGUGUGUUCUAGUCAGCCCCUGCUUGCGUCAUUCAAGGCCUGAAACGACUCUCACUGCUGCUGAUGCUGUUGUUUUUUAACAGGCCAAGUUACUUUCAAUUACUCGUCUAACAACAAGAGGGACACAAACGCUAACAGGCUCCAUGUUACACCUCUAUGAAGCGACUCUUUCAUGUGUAUGCUUAUCUCGUAUUUUUUAUGUUUGACUAAAUGUUAUGAAGCACAUUUGAUGGUAAAACACUGACUUUGACUUUGAGAUCGUAAUAUGAACAGUCAAUAUUCAGUGAGUUUCUCAGUUAGCUUGUUGGUCUUUCAAUCAGGUACUUGGCUAUCAGAAACCAUGAUGUUAGUGUAAUAAAUCCAGAAAAAUAAAUAAAGGAUAUUCAAACUUUGGGUCUGGCUCAUUUGUGACAUUUUUGGGUCACAAAUGAUGGAAGCAUAACGUUCCUUAAUC